GUACAGUGGGGUUACACUACUCUACUCUACUCUGCUUCUACUCUACUCCGUACUCCGUGCAGCUUGUGUGUGUGUACCCACAUACGUACACCCACUAAACCAAACUCGCCACAACGUCGCGGUGGCCCACGGCGGCCUACGGCAUCUGUUCCCGAAUCCUAGCCCCCGACCGGACGGCAACUCGGGGCAGCCCGGGACGGUCGGCGACCCCCGGCCCACGAUGGCCCCGCUCCGCCUCCGGCACCUGCACCUCCCGAGCAUCCACCCGGACUACGUCCCAUACAGCUUGGCCAGCCGCGUGCAAGAGCACCUCCGGCGCCAGCACCUCGAUUUCAAGGACGGCUCGUCGACCGGGCAGCCACCGCCCACCCUCAUCUCCUUCACCCCUUCGCCCAUCUUCACCCUCGGCCGCCGCCAGACCGCCCCCCUGACCCCUUCCGAGGCCGCCCGCCUCACCGCGCCGCUGCACAUCCCAUCCCCGUUCCCAUCGCCAGACGACGGCGGCGCCUCCUUCCGCCCGCGUCUCGUCCACUCGCCCCGCGGCGGCCUGACGACGUACCACGGGCCGGGCCAGAUCGUGCUCUGGCCCGUGCUGGACCUGCGGUCGCCGCGCCACCGCAACUACACGGUCAGGUGCUACGCCCGCCUGCUCGAGUCCACCACCAUCGCCACCCUGCGCGCCCUCUUCGGCAUCCGCGCCUUCACCACCGACGACCCGGGCGUCUGGGUGGUGCUGCCGUCAUCACCAGCAGGACAACCACCAGGAGCACCAGACCAGGAUGGCCCUGCCGCCGCCGCCGCCACCUGCUCCGCCGCCGCCUCGGCCACGGACACGGGCGCGCUGGCCAAGAUCGCGGCCCUCGGCGUCCACCUGCGCAGGCACGUCACCGCCCUCGGCACGGCCAUCAACGUCGCCAUGCCCGAGCAGCGCCCCGGGCCCGUCGUCCCGGACAACAACAACAACAAGAAGAAGGACGAGGAGGCGGCCAACCCGUGGGCGCGCUUUGUCGCCUGCGGGCUCCAGGGCCGCGGAGUGACCUCCAUCGCGGGGCAGCAGCAACAGCAACAACAGUCGCCAGCUCCGGCCGCGAGCAGCGGCGGGACGGAGAGGAUGGUGGCGGAUGCCUGGGCGGAGGAGCUGGCCGAGAGGCUUGGGCUCGGGCUUGGGUCUGGGUCUGGGUCUGGCGACGAGGGCGGCCUGGUGGAGGUGGUCGGGGAGGAGGAGGUGCUGCGGCUGAUGGAGGAGCUGGUGUCGUCGUCGUCGUCGUUGUCGGGGGAACGGGGCGGUGAGUCGGCGGAGGAAGGGGAGGAGGAGGAGGAGGAGGAGGUAUUGGAAGAGGAGAGGGCGUAUCUGCGGCGGAUGAGGCACGCGCUCGGCGGGAGGUGAAACCCGCCGUACACUAACAGAUGGAGCGCCACCCAUGGAUGAUGGGACUGCGGCGACGUCAAGUGUCUUAAGAUCCCUUUGUGAAAGGACAACAACCGCUGCUGUAAUAUCUUGUAUUAUUAUUAUAUAAUUAUAACCUAGGAAGAGCGUACGGUGCAUCGAGUAUCUUUCAAAAUACCUGCAUUGGUAAGGGACUUAGAUGUGUAUGU